AUGGCCACUAAUGAACACUCACAUCUGUUAACAAACAGUCUUAGUGGAUUAUGUGAGAGCGGACAAAUGAUAGUCAAGCCAUACGGCCCAGCUGUAACGCUAGCCAUGACACUUAACUACGUUAUCGGCACUGGCUGCUUUGGUCUGCCUUAUGCUUUUAUGGAGGCCGGUAUUGGGCUGUCCCUUAUACUCAUGAUCGCUGGUGUUGUAGGUUCACUAAUUACAAUGAACUACACACUAGAAUCCUUGGCACGUGCAGAAGGCGUCUGUGAAGCUACUAGUACAGGUGUACCCUGUCACCAGAUCACAUACCGUAAGUUCGAAUUUGCCACGAUUGCUGAGAUGUUUGUGGGACGACUUGGUAAGGCAGCAGUACAGCUCGUUAUGGGCUUAUACUGUAUUGGAUCCCUAUGGUCAUAUGCUUCCGUGUUCUCAUCAUCCACAGCAUCACUCUUCUUCACGUACGCACUGGGAGACACGUGCAACGUAUAUGGCGACUCUCCGACCAGUGGAUGUCUCGACAGCUAUUACAUGUUUAUGGCCAUCUUUUCGACAAUUGUGCUGUACAUGGUACUCAUGGACAUCAGUGAUCAGGCUCUCGUGCAGAAGUUUCUGUCAGCUUACCGUAUCGUGGCCUUCGCACUCAUGUUGGUGACAAUGACGAUCAAGGUAGUUACUGACGGAUCGGAGGUUGUGGCAUCCCGCUACGCUGCAAUUGGACUAGUAAACUGGAAGAACUUUGGCAAGGGCUUUGGACCGACAUUACUGGCCCUCAACUGCCAGUAUAACAUGCCGGAUGCCCUGCAGCCACUGAAUCCCAAGUCCCAGGCGCGCUUCGUUGCGUUCGCAGCGCUGCUGAUUGCUGGCACGUGCUAUUUACUUGUGGGUUUUCUUGGUGCAAUUUCUUUUGACACGAUCAAUCCAUUAGCGACGUUAAUGUGGAGUUCGUACACUGGCUGUGGCAAUGGGUGGGAGACAUGUGAGUACUCAAACCCAAUGGGCACCAUCGUGCAGGUGGUUAUUCUACUGUUCCCUGUAGUCAAUGUGGUGUCCGCGUACCCGAUGGUGGGAGUUACUGUGGGUGACAAUAUGCUCAUGUCGUUUCCGUCUCAUCUCACUGCACGCUUUGGCGAGAAUCUCACGCGUAGCUUUUGCCGACUAUUAGUAUCGGCGCCUCCUAUUCUAUUCGCCAUCCUGUUUAAGCGCCUCGACUUCAUUUUUACUGUAGCUGGAUUGUUUGGCUUUCUGCUUGGAUGGACAAUUCCAAGCUGGUUUCAAGUUAUUGGCAGUCGUUACUGUCAAGAUGUGUGGAGAUUCCCUGGCGCUGCCAUCACCGAAUUCACACACAGUUGCAAUUGCUACGAUCAAUGCGUGAGCCGUGUAAAAUGUUUGUGGGAGAUCGCAGUAGCUAGCCCAGCGAGACCGACAAAGUUUUUUCAUCAUCAAAUACGGAUUUGUACUGUCGUAGCCUUUUAUUUUUUGUGGUGCUGCGUUUACAGUACGUAA